AUGGAGGCGGCCUGGAACAGGGAGUGGGCGGAGUCCAAGCGCGCGAGCAUCUACUCGAAGAUGACCAGGUUGAUUAACGAGGCCAGCGGCGACCCGACGGUGGACCCUGCGAUGUACACCACGAUGCCACUCGACGACAUGAUCGACCACCCGGGCGGGGAGAUGUACGACACCUGGAUGCUGAAGCCGAGGAGCUACCUGACCUCCGCUAUCAGCCCAGUGGAUCUGCUCGAGCGCGCCGUCGUCGUGGUGUCGAGGGUCGAGGAGUUGGACAGCAUCACGUUCACCAGCGAGGAGAGGUUGGCUGUCGCCGUGUUCUUCGCCUUCGCCAGCAGGAAGACGGACGAGAUAAUCUCCGACGACAUGAUCGGGGUGAUGCAGGCGCUUCAGGUCGACUGGUCCACCUCGGUCACGUGCAGAAACAUCGUCUGCAUGAAGAGCGAGCUCAGGAAGGGCUGCGUCGACGGCUCCGUCGACAUGUCCACGGACAUCAGCUCGUUGCUGGGCGUCAUCGCCUUCCGCAACAUGUGCAAGUUCGCUCCGUUCGCAUCAUCAAAGCCAGGAGCCCGAGCGUGUCAGGAACGAGACGAGGGGCGGAUCUCGUACUAG